AUGAAUCUCUCUGUGACUCUCUGUGUCGAUCUCCUCGACGAUGAAGAAGCAGAUGAAAUCUCUCUCUCCGGCCCAGAUGAAAUCAAAACGAAAGUUGAUACGGCUGUAGAUGAUGAAGGAACUACUCGUCCCACGGGUGUUAAGGCUGCAAAAGCCCGUGGUAAGAAGACGAUGGUGGAGGGGAAGGAUCUGGACGCGUUUGAGACUAUGUGGAGCAUCAAGCAGCAGGAUUUGGCGAUCAAAGAAAGGCUGUCGAAGAUGAAGCUUCUUGACAGUCUCAUUGCAAAACAAGAACCCCUUGCUGAUUAUGAAGAAGCUCUGAAGAAGAAGCUCAUUAUUGAGUUGAUGUCUAAUUAG